UUCAUUUUCAAGUGAAUUCAUUUUCAUGUAACUUGUGAAAAUGUUUUGACAAUUUAAUUUUUUUUUCUUCUCUUUUGUUAAUUAAGUUAAUUUCUUCACUAUUAUUUCAUCAUUAGUUCAUGUUCAAUCUUCUUCUCUAACAGAAGUAUUUCAUUGGAUUCAAGUGAGUGAGUGGAUCGGAUUGGAGACUUUCUUUUCUUCUUGUGGGUUGAAGUUAUCAUCAUUAUAUAGUCAAUAUAUAUAUUCAACAUGGGUGCCGAUAUGGAAUUAAAUGUUGGCUCCUGGCAGUUAACCAUCUAUGUUACCGACCUUAAAGUUGAAAGGGUUUUACGUGUUAAAGGUGAUCUUCACAUCGGUGGUGUUAUGUUGAAACUUGUUGAAGAUUUAGAUGUUGCCAUUGAUUGGUCUGAUCAUGCCUUAUGGUGGCCUAAACGAAAUACAUGGCUAUCCCGAACCCGAACAACUUUAGACCAAUAUGGUGUUCAGGCGGAUGCAUUAUUACACUUUACGCCCAUGCAUAAAACUUUACGAGUUCAAUUACCCGAUUUAAGGUUUAUCGAUGCUCGAGUUGACUUUUCAAUUAAAUCUUUUACCGCAGUUGUUCAAUUAUGUAAAGAUUUAGGUUUACGACAUCCAGAAGAGUUAUCCUUUUGCCGUCCCUUAACGUUGGAUCACUUGAAACGUAAUUACAAAUCAAUCGGUGUUAGUCCACGUCAACGAGCCAAGGAUGCUAUGGGUCCAAUUGUUCAAAAUAACUCCAAUGUAUCCAAAAUUAGUACACCCGAUGGUGGAGGUGGUGGUGGUUUAAAUAAUAAACUAGAUGAUCCCAGGUUACAAUCAGCAUAUCCACCAUCACCCUGGAAUGGUAACAUUGCCAGUAUUUCAUCUUAUAACGGACAAGUGACACCAGAUAAUUCUUUUGGCUUUAAUAAUGAUCCCAUUUUGCCUAAUCUUGCAACAAGUCCACCCACGCCUUCAUUAGAAGCUAAAAAUGGUUUGUUGAGGCCAAAAAGUUUAAUUGAAAGAGCUCGAUUAAAUACUGGUUGGCUUGAUUCAUCUAGAUCAUUAUAUGAGCAAGAUGUUAGAGAAUAUGAUUUGCUUCUAUUACGAUUCAAAUUUUACUCCUUCUAUGAUAUUAAUCCAAAGUUAGAUACCAAUCGAAUUAAUCAAAUCUACGAACAGGCUCGUUGGGCCAUCCUAACGGAAGAGAUUGAUUGUACUGAGGAGGAGAUGAUGAUGUUUGCCGCCUUACAAUUACAAGUCAACCUACAAUCAAAUAAUCCAUUACCGGAGAAACAACGAUCAAGCGCAGAUGAUGAUAUUGAUUCAGAAUUGAAUGAGCUCCAGAUGACUUUAGAAGGAACCAGUAUAUCAUCACCAUUAAGCUCUAACAAUAUCACCCACGUUCCUGAGUUGGCGGAUGAACUUAAAUUCAUGAAAUCUCGUAGAUUUACGUUGAAAAGCCUUAAAAGGUACUAUUUUGUCUUUCGGGAUAAAAGACUCUCCGUUUACAAAUCAAGAGAGGAUAAAGCAGGAGAACCUGUUUUCUCACUUAACCUACGCGGUUGUGAAGUUACACCUGAUGUAAACCUAAGUCAAGCAAAAUAUGGAAUACGACUUGAGGUACCAAGUCACGAUGGUAUGACCGAAUAUCUAAUACGUUGUGAUUCUGAAGGUCAAUAUGCUCGCUGGAUGGCAGGAUUUAGAUUGGCCUCAAAGGGUAAAACAAUGGCUGACGCCUCCUACGAACAUGAAGUCAAACAAAUAUUAGAUUUCCUUAGUAUGCAACAUCCGGCUCCCGCUCCAGCCAUUAAUCCUAACCAAAUAGACCUCAAUGUUGAUGAUUAUGUAGCAUCUCGAUUUCUUAGGAAAUUCAAGGGAAAAUCACAGAUCACCCAACGAAUCCUAGAAGCUCAAGCUAAUGUUAAAGAUUUGAACAACAUUGAAGCCAAAAUGAAUUUCAUAAAAGCUUGGCAAGCGCUUCCCGAAUAUGGAAUAAGCCUGUUUGCUGUCAAAUUUGACGGAAGCAAAAAAGAGGAACUAUUGGGAGUCGCUUUUAACCGUCUAUUGAAAAUGGAAACACAAUCAGGAGAUCAUUUAAAAACGUGGAGAUUCAACACCAUGAAAGCCUGGAAUGUUAACUGGGAGGUUAAAAAAGUUCUGGUACAAUUCGAGGAGGAAGAUGUCCAAUUUUCGUGCCUUAGCGCGGACUGUAAAGUGGUCCAUGAGUUUAUCGGUGGAUACAUUUUCUUAUCAAUGAGGAGUAAAGAUCAAAAUCAGACCCUUAAUGAGGAUCUAUUUCACAAAUUAACUGGAGGAUGGGUUUAAAUUUAAACGCUGGUUUGAUUAACCAGAGGAAAGAAAAGAGAAAGGCAACAAUUAAAUGAUAAUCUUUAUAUAUGCAUAAUCCAAUCGAGACAAUCAAAGACCUUCAAAAAUUAACAGUUAAUAACAUAAAACGGAAACUCAAUUAGAGACCAAGUUAACACAAUCACUGUUAAAUCAUCAACAUCAAUUACCAUAAUUAUUCACACUGAUGAUUAUAAAUUAUUAUAUUUAAUUAAUAAGAUUAUUUAUAUGUACUUAUCACAAAGUAUGGAUACACAAUUACAAGAAGAGGACACAAUCAAUCAAAUCACAAAAUCUUCGCCCUAAACAAAAGAUGAGGAUGGAUCACCUUAACUCCUACACAUCUUCAAUCUUGACACUUUUUCAUUGUGUUCAUAAGUGAAACAAUCAGGACAAAAUCUUAAUCAAUUCACCUUAAUUACAAAAUCAACUCGUGCUAACACAGUGCCAAAUAAUUUGAUGGAAAACUAUCAACAAUCAAUUUUACACUUAAACAAACACACAUAGACACUUUGGAAUUGAUUAUUUCCAUUAUAAUUUCUUCAUAAUUUAACCUACAACAAACUACUACCAUUAUUAAGUCGAUAAUAAUAAUAAUUAACGAUAACAAUUAACAAUAAUGACUACAAAUAGUUACCACAAAUCAAACCCACCUCUCCCUUUGAUGAAAUGACACUUUAAUUGUUCACCUAAAUUUGUGAUUCUAUUUGUUUUGAUUUCUCCAACUUCUUGAUCAUGUAAAUUGUUCACCUUCUCAUUAAUUAUUAUUAUUAUUUUUCUUCUCUCAUCAACUAAUCCCUUAACCAUUAACCCUAAUUGUAUGACCCAAAAGUUAUCUUAUCCUAAUCUCAACAAUUGUGGCAAUAGUUAAAUAGUGAACUUUAAUCAAAUCGAAUCAACGAGAAAAAAAAACAAAAUCACACCCAGAGAAUAGAAUUGAAUCUAUUCAUCUCUUCAAGCAAUCAAAUUUCUAUUCGUCUUCCUUAUCCUCCUUAAUUGUCACUCAUCAAUUUCCUCAUUUUCUUUUCUCUCUUAAUCUUAAUUAUCAACUUUUCAAUUUGUCAUUUGAAAAAACAACAUCACAUCUCAACGAACACACAAAAAAAAACAAUUGCAAACUUUUUCCUCGACAAAAUAAGGUAAACAAAAUAAGAGAAACAUUUAAUUUCCAUUGUUUUAAUUAAAGAAAAUAAUAAAUACUUAAUACCAA